GGCUGCUGGGGCGGCGAUGGCGGCGCCGGAGCCGGGACGCUGCGCCUACUUCGUGCAGAGGAAGAAGCGGUUCUGCAAGAUGGUGCCGGCCGCCGGGCGCCGCUUCUGCGGGGAGCACGGGCAGCUGGAGGGGGAAAGCGACAGGAAAAGGAUCCCGUGCCCUCUCGAUCCCAAGCACACAGUGUAUGAAGACCAGCUGCAAAAGCAUUUAAAAAAGUGCAACGCAAGAGAGAAGCCAAAGCCGGUCUACUUUGUGCAAGAUAUUAAUGUUGACACAAAAGAUGUGGCAGAAAUACCAGAAAUACAACAAAGACCUAUCUCUUCUCUGCCUAAAGAAGUGCUGGAAGACUUAAUCAUCAAGUUGAAAAAAGCAACCGAUGGCUUGGAACUUCACCACCAGGAACAAAUACUGUCUCAUCAGGCUUUACAGGAAGCCUUAAAUGACCCAAAGAAUGGGGAAUCUGCUUUCAAACACCUGAAACAACAGGCUUCUAUUUUAGGCAACUUGGAAAAAUUACAUUUGCUUGGUCCAGGAAGGUGUUUUGUUGAGUUUGGAGCUGGUCGAGGAAAGCUGUCUCACUGGGUUGACAUUGCCUUGCAAAAUGCUGAAAAUGUUCAUUUUUUGCUUGUGGAAAGAGCAACCACAAGAUUCAAGGUGGAUGGAAAACAUAAGAGAAGAGAUUCCAUGUUUGAAAGGCUUCAAGUUGAUAUUCAGCACUUAUGUUUAAAUAAGGUGCCUAUUUUAGAGAAAAAAAACCUACCCGUGGUAGGAAUUGGGAAGCAUUUGUGUGGUGCUGCCACAGAUCUUGCUUUAAGGUGUUUGGUGGACAGUUAUACAACUAGCAGUGACGCAGAAAAUGAAGAGCCUGUACUAAAACGCUUUAAGAGUGAUACAACAGAGGUGGCUUUCAACAGUUGUCCCGAUAAUGACAGGAAUGAAGAGGGCACAUUAGAAAACUCCAGAACUAUAGCUGGAAUCGUUCUUGCACUGUGUUGCCAUCACAGGUGUGACUGGACACAUUAUGUAGGCAAAGAGUUCUUUAAAUCAGUAGGACUUGGUCCAGGGGAAUUUCAUUAUUAUCAAAGAAUGAGUAGCUGGGCCACUUGUGGCAUGCAAGAAAACAUAACCAAAUCCUCUCUGAAUGAUGAAGAGCAUGGAGAUCAAACUGACAACACAGAAGAACAUGACCAAACAUACAGUAAAACAGAGGAUGGUUCUGACACUCUACAAGGGAUACUUACUGUUGAAGAGAGAAAGGAGAUAGGUUGUCUCUGUAAACGGUUGAUUAACCAUGGACGGAUUGAGUACUUACAACAAAGAGGAUAUAAGGCUGCUCUACAGUAUUAUACAGAGUCUGCUGUGUCCUUGGAGAAUGUACUGUUGACAGCUGUCCCAAGGCAGUCUUGGAUAUCAGAGCCAACUACAUGACAGGAGUUUGGUUUGGAAUUGGUAGAAAACUAACUGCAAGAUUUACU